AACCGUCUUCAUCUCAAUCUGUCCUAAGUGGACCGCGGUGAUACUUCUUCUAGACUUUGAAAUCCAAUGUAGGACAGCCAUUUUGCAUGUUAACACAAGAAAUCAAGCCGUUGACUCUCAUUCUUUCCCAUCGAUCAUGAGGACCUCUCCACGUCAUGACUCAUCCGCCCCGGUUUUCUCACCUCGAUCGACAAAGGCCAACAGCACCUCACCUCGCACUCACUAGAAGCUGAACCGCAAACACUACUUAUCUGUCCCACAGAGCCUCUCUAGAACGAACUUCUGACUCGACUGAUGGACGGCAAUGGCAACCACGGGGUUUCAUCUCCAGUCAAGGAGGCUGCAGAGUCCUUAGAGCUCAUCAAGACCGCUGAAGAUCUCAUUGCCCGCUGCAACAAGAUAUGCGACGAGCUCGAGCAAAUGCGCCUGGCUGUCGAAGUCCAAGCCGCCAAGGUCAACAACCACUGGCACGCCUACAUCCCCGGUUUCAGCACAUUCUGGCAGGCCAACGUCAGCCAACGCACUCGAGCGGAGGCCUUGAUUCAACGAUGCAAAGAAACGCAUGAACCGGGUUCAGAGGCCGAGGGUUCGCUAUCUCGGGAUUUUAGGCUCAUAGAAGGGGAGCUUGCCUCAUACGAGAACCACUGGUCGGCAAUCAAGAAAUGUUGCUCAAUCACCUGGUUUCGUUUCGCAGUUCCCUACUCAAAGCUGGACGGCCAACAGACCUCGGUAUUCGUCAGUGCCAUUGUCGACAACGGGCAUGAGUGGAUGCGGGUACUCAGCAUCACCGAGCGGGCUCUGUUAGUACAGAUGGCCGAAGCAGAUUUCCCCUGGGACGAGCCCGAUGAUGAUGACGAUGAAGAUGAUGACCUGGAAGAGGUUGUAAACGACGAAGAGACCCAGAUCGAGGUUCUAAAGAGUGCAACACAGCUGUUGGCUGCCGCUCGCGAAAUACAUGGGGGCUAUCAGCAUCAUGUACGAAUCGUGCUUCCAAAUAUCUCCCGGGGCAGUGUACCUGCCAUAGACAGGUUCUUGAAAAGGAUUGAGUGCCUCGGUGACGACCGCAUCUCACUUGCGUUGGAAUGCGCCGAAGAGAGCCAGAUCCCGCCUCCACCUCUUGAACUCGCGAUACCAAACCUUCUGAGUCAUGGCGAUGCUGCGAAAGUGCCACCCCUGACUCCAUAUCUGAACAUCGACACGUCCAUAUUUGUGGCCUUGACGACAGACAUCUCUCACAGUCACAGCUCACAGCGAAAGUGGCGUCCCAAGAUCUUGGAAGACGUGGGAGAUGAAGCGGAGCACGGUCCCAGGCUACCCAAGUCCCUUUACCCCCUUCUUCGCGGCCACACGCUUGUCUGCACUCGCGAGGCGGCGGAGACAUGUCUGCGCAUGGUAUACGAUGCAUCUACAGAGUCGGAAGUCUCUCGCAUAGAAAUACUGCUUGGACAGGAGGAUCGUCGGGGGAAGCAAGACGAUAAGAUGACUUUCUUGGAGCGUGUUUUACGGCAGGAUGGGUGGCCCAUGGAGGAAGAAGGCGAUGGGGCAACGGAAAAGCGUCGCCUAAACCUUGUUGCAGAACUUCAGAAGCUGUCAUGCCAUCCAGUACCGGAAGACCUGCAGCUACCCAUUCGCAUCGUGGAAGACUUUCGCAGGGAGCACGUCGCAGACGAGGUCCGCAAGGGGACACUGCCAAAGGUCGUGUUGGCGGUGGAGCCAACGCUCAACGAGACGAACUGCUCGUCUUUCUUGUAUGGGUGGAAGACGAACUACACGACGAUAACAUGUAAUCGGCAUGCCGUAAAGCGGUUGAGAAACCUCGUCAAGAAGAUGCGGUGGUCUCGCGAUGCAGAGGCGGCUCCCAUCAUCGCUAUGGACUGGGCUCGAGGUCUAGCAAAGAUCCCAUUUCCAGGAGAGGUCUUGGUAGAUGGUCCGCUGAAGGCGAGCACAGAUUAAUGCCUCGUUCUCUCCUCUGGAUUCUCGGCAACCCUCCCCGUGGACACACUCCCUUGCAUCCUUUGGUAAUGAUGGUCCAUGACGAUCAUAGAGACGUGGUCUCUGCAGACGGUGGAGAUCUGUAGACAAGUCAGUCUACGCUGGAUGCUCAAGCCCUUGACUUUAGUAGAC